CCAAAAUUAAUUACAAGUCGUUUCUGUUUAUAGCACGCAAGUGCGUAUCAGGAUUUGCAGAGCUAGACGAAAAGAAGAAGAAGAAGUAGACACGAUCCAGGUGGGAAUAGCCGAGAGUUAACAUGAAGAGCCUUAGCAUUUGCCUCGCAGUGGCUGUGACGGUCGUCCUUAUGGCCGUACAGGACGCGGAGUGUAAAAAAAUGACCAUAGAGGAGGCCAAGAAAUCGAUCAAGAAUCUGAGGAAAGUCUGCGCGAAGAAGACCGACGCCCCUAAAGAACUUCUGGACGGUCAACACAAAGGCGAGUUUCCAAAGGACGAGAGGCUGAUGUGCUACAUGAGAUGUAUAUUGACUACGACCAAAGCGAUGAAGAACGACGAGAUCCAGUACGAAUUUUUCGCGAAGAACUCCCGCCUCCUGAUGGUGGACGAGGUUGCACCGCGAGUCGAUCACACGAUCGAAGUCUGCCGACCACUAGUGACCGCCACUGAGGGAUGCGAGGUCGCGUGGCAAUUCGGGAAAUGCAUUUUCGACACGGAUCCCGAGCUGUACCUAGCUCCAUGAAUGAUUCUCAGGAAAAAAUUCUGCGUGCCAAUUCGCAGAGUGAUCAUGUGACCGAGACGGAGUCUCCGUCCUUUCGCCAUCCACAUUCUCAACAUCAUCGUCGUCGUCGUCGUCGUCGUAAUCAAGACGAAGCCAUGGGCUGCCGAAACAAAACUAAACCGAACUGUAGAAGAGUUUAAACACACGAUUCAACGAUCGACGACAAACUAUAAUCGAAACCUUCGAAUCAAGGCUACAGGCUGUUAACGCAACCCCUAUGGUUGCUUUACGAUGAAUGAGCAAUCGAUUUGUAAGCACAGAAUAAUAAAUUUUGAUUAACUGUGUUCCCAAAUACUACAGUAUCCAUUGUAUAAAAUUAACAAUCAUAAUUAAUACUCUUUUCUUAAAUUUUCA